CGCCAAUCGAUGCCACUGAUUUUGAGAUUAAUCCUGAUAUCAUUCAAGUGAUAUCAAUUAAUCAAUUUGGCGGUUUGAAACAUGAAGAUCCGAUAUUGCAUAUGUUGUGGUUUAACAGAGUCUGUAACACAUUCCGGAUCAAUGAAGUGUCAAUUGACAUCGUGAAACUUAUCUUAUUCCCAUUCUCUCUUCGGGAUAAGGCUGUUCGGUGGUUAAAUUCUUUUCCACCCGGUCACUUCACCACCUGGAAUGCUCUUCAUCUGGCGUUCAUGCACGAGUAUUUUCCUCCAUCGGCAGUUGCACACAUCAGAACCUUGAUUCAAAAUUUCAGACAAGCUCCAAUGGAAACAAUAAGUGAGGCUUGGGAUCGAUACAAAGGCCUACAGAGAAAGUGUCCUAAACAAUUGAUGGAUGCUUAUGACUUGAUGUUCUAUUUCUACUAUGGACUUCAAGUUGUAAGUAAAAGAGAGUUGGACCAUUAUUCAAAGAUGGGUUCUUUUCUCGACAUGACACCGAAAGAGAGUGAAACACUCAUGGAGAAUGUGGUCUCAAAUGCUAAGAACUGGUACUAUGAGACAGAAUCUUCUUUCGAGACUACACUUCAAAGCACCGAUCAAAUCUCAGCCCUCACAACAAUAAUUGACAACCUGGCAACUCAAGUGAAGAAUCUCAAAUCACAAUCGAGCCAGGUAAAUAAGCUGAGUCAUUUCAUGGAAGUUCAGGAAGGUUUGGUGGAUGCUAGUACUGAAGCACCCAAAAUUGAUGAAGAAUCCAUAGACGAGAGAUGGACGUCCACUGAAAAGCAAAACUUAGUGGGGC